AUGACCACGGUUAAAUCCAAAUUGGAGCUUGUGGAUGGCAGUGGAGUGUUCAGAAAACUCAUUAGCUUCCAACCUUCUCAAUUAGGCAGAACAAACAUGCAUUACUCCAAAUUGCCCCGCACUGCAGUAGAGACAGAGUUCAAGCAGAAUGUUGGCCCACCACCCAAGGAUUUGACCACUGAAGUUUACUUCCCUUCAAUCAAAUUUAGAUCAGAUCUUCCUGUAGUUUUCUGUAGUCAGUAUUUCAAGCAUCCAAUAUGUGUAGGGGAAUAUGGACCCAAGAAUGGAGCAGAAAGACAAAUAGAGGAACAGAAAGUUUUGCCUACAACCAUGAUGUUCUCAAGGUUAGCUGACUGUGCUCUAAAAUCCACCCAAAUUCCCAUUUUGGGAGUUGCUGUGUGACGAAGGUCUGCCCCUGUGGUGUUGGGACGACUUGCUCAUGGAGUUACAGUUCUUGCCUAACAGGAACCCACCAUGGUAAGAAAAAGACUCAAGCUGGUUCAUUUGUUUUUAAGGUUGCAAGGAAAUCAAGUCCAUAACCACACUUGCUCUCACAUUUACUGAAACAGGCCAAUCUCAGAACUAAAUGAUAAAAAUGAAAAUUAAUCAGGGACUCCCAUGGGCCUCACAUAUGGCAGUUUUGAAUCUGCUCUUUUUUUCACUAUCAUAAUUGUUUUUUUAAACUCAUUUUCUCUGGUUGAAUACACAACUGUAAAAAAAAGUGGGGGUAGUGGUGGUGAUGGAAAUGAAUAAACCCAUGGAAACAGUGAGACAUCUACAGAGACAAAAUUAGGAAGGAAGGAAACAAAAGCAAUUUCAGUAUCUCUGUGCAAGGCCUGCAUACCUUUCCUUGCCAAUACCCCUGGAUCAGACUUGUCUCAUGAGGUAGCAGGUGUUUCCUUGACUCACACAGAAAACAAGCCCUUGGGCUUCUUGUGCUGUUAGGGCGAGUUACAUUCAGCACAUGAGCACUGGGCCCUGCUCUGCCUGUCUAUCCUUCCCAGAAGAGACACAAAUGAUCAAGUAGUUGAGAAAACAGUUCAAGAGGAGCCUUUGUCUCUUUUCUUUUCUUUUCUUUUUUUGAGACAGAG